AUGUUGCAGCGCGGCAUCGGAAGGGUCGGUCGAGUGGCAUCGCAGCAGAGGGUGUUGGCCUGGGUGCCCUCCCGCUGCUACACCCCGCACAGAUUGCACAAGCACCAGCACUCGCGCGAGCACCACAAGAAAGACACCCAGAACCAGCACGGCCACACCGCCAUUCUAGAGACCGGGCUGGUCUACUUCUUCUACCGGCCAAAGGCGCGCCUCGAGAACGAUCCCUAUCGCCUGCCGCACGACCUCGAUGACGUGUCACGGCUGUACGUUCUGCUGUCGCCCAAGGGUGAGGACCCGGUGGCGCCCAAGCAGUGGGUGAAGCUCACCAAGGAGGGACCCAGCCCGGCGGCUGUGAUCAACCAAGAGACCCUCCCGCUCCACAAGCGCCUCCUGGUCAUCCCCCGCAAGAAGCUGCCCGACAUCGACCAGCACGAGCGUCUGCUAGGAGUGGUGGCCAAGGUGGGGAAUCUGCACGAUGUGCGCAAGGUGCUGGAGGAGGGCGACGGCACGAAGAAGAGCACCACCGACGUCGGCAGCGGCGGCGGCCAGAAGCGGCAGCUGGUGCCCGAGGUGCGGGCCGUGGGCGAGGGCGUGUACGGAAUCGUCGAGCACGAGCGCCACACGCACCUGGCCUUCGUGCUCGAGCUGCCGCACGAGCCGGGCGAAGUGCAGCGCUGCUUCAACAUACCCAAGGAGGGCAGCUACCACAUCGUUGUGCGCAACCCGGUCCUCAAGCCGCCCACCGACGAGCUGCCGCCGGCGCCCCACGUCGGCGAAGACCGCCGGGCUCGCGACCUCGCGGCCGCGGUGGAGCGCGACGUGCAGGCCUACCUGGGCGGCCUGGCACCGCUGCCCGAGGAGCCGGCCGAGUCGCCCCCGCCCGCCCCUACGACGACCACCUUCGUCCCCGUGAACCCGCCCACGCUGCUCGACGAGGAGGGCGCGCAGGUGAUCCUGGUGGGCGCGGCCGCGCGGCUGGACCAGGAGCUCGGGCGGGCGGGCCGGGUGCUGCAGGGAGUGGAGGAGGUCGACGAGCGCUACUUCCUGCGCUCCGACUCGAAGCCGUUCGAGGAGCUCCACCUCCACAAGCGGCUCCACUCCUCCGCACCGCCCCUCAGCUCUGGCGAGUGGGCCUGA